AUGGCAUCGGAGGCUCAUCUUCCCCACCACAACACUGGUAAACGGCGUGCACGCGUAGUGGUGGAGAUUCCACCCCUUGCUCUUCUUCCCCGUCGAUCCACUCGUCGUCAAUCUUCUCUACUGCUCAAGGUUGCUGCCUCUCCUCCAGCUUCUGAGAGAACAAGGAUGAGCCGCCGCAGCAACCAUGGGAAGAGUCACAAGGUUGACCUGAAGCUGAACCUUGCGCCGCCGAUGAGGGAAGACGCAUCAAGAAGGGCAGCCACCGUCGUCGACUCCCCCCGUGGGUCGUCGUCAUCCUCCUCGUGCCUAUCGUCGGAGACCGAGCAGGGGCUGCCGUGCCAAACCAGCCCCGAGGCGACGUCGAUGGUGCUCGCCGCCUGCCCCCGAUGCCUCAUGUACGUGAUGCUCCCCGAGGAGGACCCCAAGUGCUGCCCCAAGUGCAAAAACGCCGUUCUUCUCGACUUCCUCUGCAGCAACAGGAAAACCUGAACCAGUCUCGUCCUCUCUCUCUCUCUCUCUCUCUCUCUCUCUCUCUCUCCUGUUUCCCCUUCUCUUCCUGCUAAAGAUGAUGCAAACAUGGACACAAAGGAUCAACUCAGUACUGUGAUGAUUAAAUGUGCA